CACGGCUCAGCAAGUCAUAUAUGCGAAGGUUCUUUCCCAAAGUCUGCUUGGGCCGUCAAUUUCUUUACGCCACCAAAACAUUACCGUUGAAGUUUACGAACACAUCCACUCCAUCGAAUAUGGCUCCAACUGCGGAACAGCUCUUAGCUUUGCCAGCAUCUUAUAUGAUGGAGUUCAAUCCAGCUGCGCACAACCUUCACGACACUGCUAUUGCAUUUAUUGUUAUUGAUACUUUUUUUUUGGGCUACUUCUUGUUUCCGCGUAUAUUCAAUUUCAACGUGGCAGCUUAGGCUACGAAUUAUAUGCUUUGAUGCCCAUUGCCUAUGUUGCUGUUGUGGGCAAUGCGCUAGUCGGACUCUGUAAGCAACAAAAUCCUGAAAGCAGACCAUAUCCUGAUAGUUUCAUAGUGCUUGUGAAUAUUGGCGGAGUUGGGCGUCAUUUUUCCUUUUGGUUGUUGAAUGACCCACCAACAAUUGUGACGUACCUAAAGCUGCAGACAGCAGUUGAGAUCAUUUAUAUGGCCUCGGUCACUUUCCCAAAGAUUGCAAUCCUCACACUCUAUUUGAGAAUCUUCACCGACCGCUUGGCUCGAGCUCUUACAUGGGUGAUGGGUGCCAUUCUUGCGUUAUUCUUUCUCGGCGGCCUCGUUUUGGCUUUGGCUAUGUGCCAACCAUAUCGUUAUAAAUGGGACAAAACGAUAAAUGGUCAUUGCGGCGAUAUCCUGGCUGGCUAUUAAUGAGUCAGCAUUCCUAGUAUUAUCACGGAUCUUUUCAUUCUCGUCAUACCAAUCCGCACUCUCUGGUAUCUUCAUGUAAACAAAUACAAGAAGAUUGGUCUCUUCCUCACGUUUCUGACUGGUGGCUUGUAAGUAAAUUCGCAGCAUGUAGUGAUCAGAUAAAUAUGCAGCCCUUUGGGAUAGACUCACUUGUAGCAUUGGAGCUGCGAAAUUGGUUUGCGAAGGAGUU